AUGCUGGUCUUUCGGCGCCUCAUCCCAUAUGCCUUGAUGGUCAGCCUCGGCGCGCAAGCCGAAGCUGGCGAAGACUCCCCUCCCGGCUUGCCACCCCUCCCCGACCGCACCAACCGAACGUCAAACAACGUACGGGACGCCGUGGUCCACGCGAAUGCGACGGGAAGCUGGCCGUUUCGCGGAAUCGACAUAACGAAGCCCAUGGAUCAUCCUCCAGACGACGAGGUCGGCGAGGGCAACGGCUGGAGCAUCAACAUCGCCGUCGCGACAAACACCACGAGCAACACAGGGAGCUCCUCCCAGCCCAGGGGCAACCCGCAGUACAUCUACAUCAACGCGCCCGAAGACGCGUUCGAGAACCCCGACUCGGCCUCGACGUCUCCCGAGGACUGGACAACGUGCGCCGUCGUGUGGCUAGGGAAUCGGUGGUCGGUAGAGGAAAUCGAGCAGCUGCACCAAGACCCCGACGGGGCUUGCAACGAAGUCAUAUCCGAGGAGUGUAUUUCGGGCUUGAGACAAAAGCUUUUGGACACGGGGUGCUGGCUUUGGGGCGGCGAAUUGCCCGAAGGCUGCCCCGGAGCUGUAUCCGACGUCAUGGUCAUGACCAACACCUUGGAGUUCUCGGCCGAGAAGCAUAGUUACGAAGUAUCGGCGAGCCCGGGUCCCCACUCGAAUCUGACAGAGGUAGGCUUGCGGGCGGCUUACGACGAGGCCCUUACCAAAGUCUUCCCCAUGAUGCUCCUGUACCAGUAUGACGAUGGCGAAGUAAAGUCGGACUAUACUGUCUUCCGCUGCAUCCUCGCUAGCAACGUCACCGAAGGCAGCCGUGAGCCGGAAUCCUUUGGGGAGAUUCGAUCCGGUCUUUUCGGAAUCGGCGAGAGUUCGGCGCGCCGUAACCCAUCUUCAGCAUCCUGGCUCAUCACGGGGUUGGCUGUGUGUCUUGCUGUGUCAUUUUUUGCCCAACUGUCUGUAUGA